CCUGCUGGUGGCCGCACUUGAGGUAAACUUGUCAGUUUUGUGUAAUAGUCACCAAAUUGAUCCUCCCACAUCACUGUGGGCGAUCUGCUGCCGAGUUCAAAGGACACAAGUCUUGUCCUUGAGCCUGCCAGCGAGAUCAGAGCUGCAAUCUUUAUCAGGUGGAGCUUCUGCUGGAAGUCGGCCACUGCAGCCUCAGUCAGCCUGGGAAACACUUUCUUCUGCUGGAGCUCGCCCACUGACCACCGCCAAGAUGCCUAAGAUGAUCAGUGUUCAGAUAACCUCAAUGAACGCAGAGUUGGAGUUUUCCAUCAAACCCAACACAACAGGAAGCCAGCUCUUCGAACAGGUGGCCAAAACCAUGGGCCUGCGUGAGGUUUGGUAUUUUGGGCUGCAGUUUACCGACAUCAGUGGAGCCAUCACAUGGCUGAACCCGGCUAAGAAGGUGUUGUCCCAGGAUGUGAAAAGAGAGGUUCCCCUGCGGUUCAAGCUAAGAGUCAAGUUUUACCCUGAAGAUGUGGUCGAGGAACUGAUCCAGGACGUUACCAGGAAGCUGUUCUUCCUGCAGGUGAAGGAGGACAUUCUGUCAGAUGAAAUCUACUGUCCUCCAGAGACGGGCGUCCUGCUAGCCUCCUACGCUGUCCAGGCAAAGUAUGGAGAGUACGAGAAGUCAGUUCACCUUCCAGGUUACCUUUCCUCUGAGCGUCUACUCUCCAAAAGAGUACUGGAUCAAUACAAUCUGUCAAAGGAGGAGUGGGAGGAGAAAAUCCAGGUUUGGCACGAGGAGCACACAUCGAUGCUGAGGGAUGAGGCCAUGAUGGAGUACUUGAAGAUUGCUCAGGACCUGGAAAUGUAUGGCAUCAACUACUUUGAGAUCAAGAAUUUGAAGGGCACAGAGCUGUGGCUGGGAGUCGAUGCUCUAGGUCUCAACAUCUAUGCAAAGGAUGACAAGCUGACACCAAAGAUUGGAUUUCCUUGGAGUGAAAUCAAAAACAUAGCUUACAAUGACAAAAAAUUUGUCAUAAAGGCCAUAGACAAAAAAGCCCCUGACUUCGUAUUCAUUGCUUCACGACUUCGUGUAAACAAGCGAAUUAUGCAGCUGUGCAAAGGCAACCAUGAAAUGUACAGCCGUCGCCGCAAGCCAGACAGCAUUGAGGUUCAGCAGAUGAAGGCUCAGGCUAAAGAGAUUAGGCUGCAGAAGAAGAUGGAGAGGGAUCAGCUGGAAAGAGAGAAGAGGAAGAGGGAGAACAUCGAGAAGGAGAAGGAGGAGAUGGAGAGAGAAAAGCGGGAACUAAUGAGGAAGCUCAAUGAGUUUGAAGAAACAACUAAGAGAGCAGAGAGAGAGCUUCAAGAGCAGCUGGAGCGGGCCAUGAGGCUGGAGGAGGAGAGGAUGAGGGUGGAGCAGGAGGCGGCCCGGCUGGAGGCUGAGAGGAUGGAGGCCAUAAUUGCCAAGGAGGAGCUGGCCAGGCAAGCCGAGGACCAGAUGAAGAACCAGGAGCAGCUGGCUGCAGAGCUAGCCGAGUACUCUGCCAAGAUCACUCAGCUGGAGGAUGCCAAGAGAGAAAAGGAGGCUGAGGCUGAGUCAUGGCACAGCAAGGCUGUAGAAGUGGAGGAGAAUCUGAUGAAGACAAAGGAGGAGCUGCACAAUGUGAGAGGUUCUGCAUCUCCCCCUCGUGCUUCUUCCUCCUCUUCCUCCUCCUCUUCUUCAGAGAGUGAUCAUGAGCACAGUGAAGAAAACAGCGCUGAGCUCCAUUCGCAGGGCAUCGACGACCACCGCAGGGAGGAGGAGCGACUCACCGAGGCCGAGAAGAACUUGCGCCUUCAGAAACAGCUGGAGGCCCUGAGAUCAGAUCUGGUACAGUCUCGCGACGACAACAAAAAGACCCUCGAGGAUAUGAUCCACGGCCAGAACCUCCGAGAAGGACGCAACAAGUACAAGACCCUCCGUCAGAUCCGUCUGGGCAACACCAAGCAGAGAAUUGAUGAGUUUGAGGCCUUGUAAAAACCCCGGAGAUCUGAAGACCUCUCCUAAAUACCUCAUAUAGGCCUGGUUCAGCAUGUUUUAAUUUAAGUAAAAUGUAAUGAUUACAGCCACAUGUGCAGUUAAAUGGCAAGAAAUACAAAACGUGGAUGGAUUUUAUUUUGUUGGUUGGUUGAAAGUACUGUUUUUUUUUUUUGUUUUUGUUUUUUUUUGUACUCAAAUAUGAUUUUUUUUUAGUCCCAUUGAAAUGCUGGACGACUGUAUAUCCCUCUAAAGACCAGCUGUACUGCAUGAACAAACUGAUAUGAGAGGCUCUGUAAGAAACAUAUGUUAUUAUAAACAUUAUUAUACAUUUUCUUCACAGUUAUUUUAUUAUACCAAAUGGAGAUGGUCAAAUUUAAACUUAUUUAACUGAUACCCCAUGAUGCAAAUAACUAAAUGUUUUUUGGGAGGUUAGUCCAUAAAAUGUGACCAAAUACAAAGAAAAGGCCUAAUAUGUGUUUGUCACAGUCUACCGUCUUAUUCAUCUUAUACAUUUUUAAUUCAAAUUUGUGAUAGAAUAAAGCUGAUUAACAUCAA